GCCGCGCGGAGUGGGGCUUGUUGUGAUGCGAGCGCGGCGACCGAGCGCGAGUCAGUACCCGCGAGGCCGGCGCCCAGACACGACGCCGCACGCACUGCGCGCCUCUCGAGCGACGUCGCGGCAACAUGACGUGACUUCACGUGCCAGGUGAUAGGUGAUAGUGACCCCGAGGACUAGUGAUAUAAACAUUCGCUCACAAGCGAGACAUGACCGCGGCGGCGGCAUGGCGCUGAGCUUGGCGGUUCUGGCGCUGCUGGCGGCGGCUGCGGCGGCGGCGCGCGCGCCCGCGCUGCCCGUGCCGCGCUGCUGCGGCGCCGGCCAGCAGCUGGACGUGCGCACGCUGCCCGCCGAGCCCACCGCCGCCGACGUGCCCGCCGCCUGCGUGCCCGCACCCAACGCCACCUGGGCGCCGCUCGUGUACGCAGCCGCUCUCGGCAAGUUCCUGGAGCGGGGCCGCGUGCCGCCGCACUGGCGCGUGCAGGAGCAUGCCGUGCCGGCGUGCGGGCCGCUGCGCGCGCUGCCCGAGCACGCGGCGCCCUACGCGCUGCACGCGCGCGACGGCUCGCUGGUGCUGCGCGGGCGCUCGCUGCCGCCGGCGCGUUACUGCGCCGAUGCGGGCGCCGCGCUGGUGUGCGCCGAGGACGUGCCACACGCGCCCGCCAAGUGCUGCGGCGCGGCGCAGGCGUGGGACGCGGCGGCGGCGCGCUGCGUGGCGGACGCGGAGGCGGCGGCGGGUGCGACGGCGGCGCUGCGCGCGCUGGGCGGCGGGGAGCCCGGCAGCGGGUUCCCGGCGACGUGCGCGGGCGGCGAGCGCUACGAGGAGGUGGGCGUGCUGGAGGGCGCGGCGCUGGCGGCGGACGGCGCGCUGCUGCUGGGCGGCGCGCGGCUGGCGGCGGGCGCGUGGUGCGCGGAGGCGGCGGGCGGCGCGGUGCGCGUGCUGGCGUGCGAGGGCGCGGGGCGGCGCGCGCCGGCGGGCGGGCGGCACGCGCUGUACGGCGCGGCGCUGGCGGUGGGCGCGCUGUUCCUGCUAGCCACGCUGGCGGCGUCGCUGCUGCUGCCGGCGGCGCACCACGCGCUGCACUGGCGCUGCCAGACGCACUACGUGGCGGCGCUGGCGGCGGGCGACGCGCUGCUGGCGGGCACGCAGCUGGCCGGCGCCGCGGUGCCGCCCGCGCUGUGCCAGGCGCUGGCCGUGCUCAUGCACUUCCUCUUCCUCUCCGCCUUCUUCUGGCUCAACACGAUGUGCUUCAACAUCUGGUGGACGUUCCGGGACUUCCGGCCCACGUCGCUGGAGCGCGCGCAGGAGCGCUGGCGGCUGCGCGUGUACUCGCUGUACGCGUGGGGCGCGCCGCUGCUGCUGGCGGGCGCGGGCGCCGCGCUGGACGCCGCCGCCGCCGCCGGCUCGCCCGCCGCGCGCGCGCUGCUGCGCCCCCGCUUCGCCGAGCAGCGCUGCUGGUUCUACGGCGACGCGGAGAUCCUCGUGUACUUCUUCGGGCCCGUGGGCGUGCUGCUGCUGGUGAACCUGGCGCUGUUCGCGUCCACCACGCGCCAGCUGACCUGCGGGCUCUGGCGCCGCGACGAGCUCAAGUCCACGGCGGAGCGCGCGGCGCUGGGCCGCGUGUGCGCCAAGCUGGUGGUGGUGAUGGGCGUGACGUGGGGCGCGGACGUGGCGUCGUGGGCGCUGGGCGGGCCCGACUACGUGUGGUACGCCACGGACCUGCUGAACGCGCUGCAGGGCGUGCUCAUCUUCCUGGUGGUGGGCUGCCAGCGGCACUCGCUGGGCGGCGCGGCGGCGUGCUGGCGGCGCGUGCGCGGGGGCGGCGGCGGGCGCGGGGGGCGGCGCGCGCACUCCUCCACGCAGCUGCCCUCCUGCGGGGAGUCGCUCACGCACACCACGGCCGCCCCCGCCCCCGCCCCCGCCGCCCCUGCCGCCCCCGCCGCCCCCGCCAAGCUGCCCAUGGAGACAGUGUGCUGACGGGAGUGACAGUGACCGACCUACAUAUGUUAGUGACGACUCGAACGUUUCGCGUUUAGAUAUUUAUUCUACAGUAUUAUUUUUGUAUUUUUGUUAAAUAUUACGAUGUGUAUUGGUUGUUUCGUAUGAGUAGAUAGAAGCCGAGGAGGCUGCGGGCGGUGCCUGCGUGCACCCGCCCCGCGUGCGUGCGUGUGCUCACCCCGCACACGCAGAGACUGCCACGUGCAUUGCGUGUGUCGCAUGGUUCAUGAGCUGAAUAAAUGGUUAAAGUAAUGUACCUACUGA